AUGUUUCUCUUGGUAUUGGCGCCUCCCACCUCUGACCUCCGUCUAGCCCUGCCCCACCAUCCAACGCUUUCCAGUGUCACCCAGCCGAUGGAGCCCCUCAUCUCUGGCAAUCUCACCUCGCCUGCCCUUGCCAGCAACAUUAGGUCUGGUGACCUAGACCGAGAAAACUUAGAGGCUUCGGAGGAGUGGUGGCACUACUCAAAUCACAGCAACAGAAAGUCAGAGACUGGAAUGGGAGAAAGAGAAAUAGAAAUCGAGAAAUCGACUUAUACAGUAAAUGGGGAAGAAUCGAUGAUGCACGCAACAUGUUUGAUAAAAUGCCUCAUCCGCCACUGGAACAAAACUGUACGGACAAUUCCAAUCUCUCUUGGAGCUGAUGCUGAUGAAGAUAGAAUUGAAUUACUCUUGUCGGAGGUUAAGGGUAAAGAUAUCACCGAAUUGAUUGCAUCUGGAAGGGAGAAGUUGGCUUCUGUUCCUUCAGGUGGCGGUGGUGGUGUUGCAGUUGCCGCCACAGGUGGUAGUGGUGCUGCUCCCGCUGCAGCUGCUGCAGCUGAGCUAAAGAAAGAGGAGAAAGUUGUAGAGAAAGAAGAGUCCGAUGAUGUUGAAAGGAAGUCUCUUCCUCAUCCAGAAAGACCAGAUCGUCUUCGAGCAAUUGCUGCCAGCCUGGCAACUGCAGGUCAUCAUGCUGGAGUGAGACAAGCAAUGGGAUUUUGUCUGCAUAACAAUGCAGCCAUUGCUGCAUCAGCAGCACAAGCUGCAGGAGCAAAAAAAGUCUUGAUUGUUGAUUGGGAUGUACACCAUGGAAAUGGAACUCAAGAAAUAUUUGAGCAGAACAAAACAGUGUUGUAUAUAUCCUUACAUAGACAUGAAGGUGGAAAAUUCUACCCUGGUACAGGCGUUGCCCAUGAGGUGGGGUCCAUGGGUGGAGAAGGGUAUUGUGUAAAUGUUCCAUGGAGUCGUGGAGGAGUUGGGGACCAUAGUCACAGGAUUCGCCAAAGUAGUCACGAUCCACGUUCCAAACGGCUCGAUCCCAAACGGGGUACGAUUGCGUAUCGAUCGCCGACAGAAACGCCCUCCGGUACGUCAUGCUUGCGAUCCCACCAAUUCUUUAAAUCGAUACCUGAAACGUGA